AUGAUGUUGUCCAUAGGCACGUUGACUCCGUUGCAGUACGGGCUGACGUUGAAUCUCAUUACACGGCAGAUCGACCCCGACAACGUUUACGAAGGAGGGAGGCACUUGAUAGGUCCCUACAAAAGCUUCGUGUCCUUUCCAUCCACACGCGUGACGCUGUCUUUUGCCAACAAGAAGGACAGCACGCAAGGUCCUCUGACAACGCGCACGAAAGAUGGACUGGAACUGACCUUGCAGCUGGCAUUCCAAUACAGGAUCGACAACCACCACCUCGGAGAGCUCUUUGCCUUGGCGAACCUGAACUAUGAGCCGCUCUUCAUUCAAAAAGCGAGAGAUGUGCUGCUGAAAGCUGCAGCAGACUACGAUGCUCCGCAGUACUGGGAGGAGCGCGAGAAGAUCGGACUCGAGAUGCAGUCCUUGCUCAACAAGCGCCUGCAGGGUGUCUAUGCACAUUGUGACGGCCUGCAGAUUCUGGUAAUCGAGCUGCCCCAGGAGUACGAGGCAUCCAUCGUGAACACACAGGUGACUGAGCAGAUGCAGAAAACGAAGCAAAACGAGCAAGCAGCAAGCAGGAUUGAUGCGGACACACAGGUCAUGAAAGCCUCGUACACGAGGAAUGUGACCGUCACGAAGAACGGUGCGGAUGCGCAGUACACCCAGGAUAUCGGCGUCGCGAAAGCAGUUGCGCAGCAGCGGUUGCUGGAGGUCGAAGCAUCAGCUUUGGCGAAGGUGAAGAAGGAUCUGGGUCUCACGGCGGAACAGACUGUGGCAUACCAGGAGUUCAGCGCCUACCAUAACCUGGACAAUGCAUCCUUCUUGUUCGGCCUCGGAAAUGCGCUGGUCACGGUGCCGACUAUGAACUGA